UCGCAGCUUGUGAUGACAUCACGCUUUACCAUGACGUGAUCAAUCUGCGCCGGAGAGGAAGGGAAUGAUGGCGGUGGCUCAACCCAAGAUUGAGAAGGAGACGGACGAUUGCUCUUUGUUACCUUUGGUCCAUGAUAUUAUAAAAUGCAUGGACAAGGACAGUCAGGAUGUCCACCAAGAGCUGGCGAAACUCAAAACAAAGAUCCAAGAAGCACGGGAGCAGAUCUCCAACAUGCCCGGAAUAGAGAGCAGUCCGCAGGAGCAGCAGCAGCAGCUGGCCACGCUGCGAGAGCAGGUCAGCACCAAGAACCAGCUGCUGCAGAAAUACAAGGGCCUGUGCAUGUUUGAUGUGCCCAAAGCUUCGUGACUGGAGCAAAGUUUCCAUCGCGGGCAGAAGGAAACGCAGGCAUGGUGGUGGUGAAAGACACUUUUUACAUAAAUAUUAACUUUAUAAAGACGUGUGGAGGACACAUGAUGGAUGCUGCCCAACGUUCCCCGCCCCCUACCUUCUCCCACUUAUUUGUAUUGCAGUGCAGCAAGUUUUUUUUGUCCUCAGUUGUGUUAUGCAUACAUAAAGUGGAAUGUCAAUGCUACAUUUUCUUGUUCUGUAAAGUAUGGAUUUUGCAAUUAAAAUGCUUUUUGUAGUAUCACC